CGCCCAGCCCGGGCCUCAGUUUCCCCUGGCCUCUCAGUGGCCCUGGGCCCAUUCGCCGGGCAUUUACCAAGCACUUACGAGGGGCCGAGUCUUGAGGGGGGGAACCAGAUGGACGCUGCCGGGCAGGCGCGGCGAUGACACCGGCAGAGCUGGGGACCUGUGACCUCCGUAUCCAGCUAGCCAUGGAACAGUUUGGCUCUGGCCACCAGCCCCUUAGGUGAGGACUCCGUCUGGGGCCCAUUGCACAGCCACACCAUGGAGGUGAAGAGGACUCUUCCAGCCAGGGGAACUGUCCUUUGAACACCGUGGUCCAGCUCUGCUGGUUCUUCCUGCUAACCAUCUUCAAGCGAGGCUCCUGCUCCUGCUGGCCCACGGAUGGGGAGGUGGGCCCUUGAUGUCGCCUUUGUGUGGAAGGCGGUGCUGACGCUGGGCCUGGUCCUCCUCUACUACUGCUUCUCCAUAGGCAUCACCUUCUACAACAAAUGGCUGACCAAGAGCUUCCACUUUCCCCUCUUCAUGACCAUGCUGCAUCUGGCCGUGAUCUUCCUCUUCUCAGCCCUGUCCAGGGCGCUGGUUCAGUGCUCCAGCCACAGGGCCCGAGUGGUGCUCAGCUGGACUGACUACCUCAGAAGAGUGGCCCCCACAGCACUGGCAACAGCACUUGAUGUGGGCUUGUCUAACUGGAGCUUUCUCUACAUCACCGUAUCACUGUACACAAUGACCAAAUCGUCCGCCGUGCUCUUCAUCCUGAUCUUCUCUCUGAUCUUCAAGCUGGAGGAACUGCGUGCAGCCCUGGUCCUAGUGGUCCUUCUCAUCGCUGGGGGCCUCUUCAUGUUUACCUAUAAGUCCACACAGUUCAACGUGGAGGGCUUUGCCUUGGUGCUGGGGGCUUCAUUCAUCGGCGGCAUCCGCUGGACCCUUACACAAAUACUUCUGCAGAAAGCUGAACUGGGCCUUCAGAAUCCCAUUGACACCAUGUUCCACCUGCAGCCACUCAUGUUCCUGGGACUCUUCCCUCUCUUUGCCAUAUUUGAAGGUCUCCAUUUGUCCACCUCAGAGAAGAUCUUCCGCUUCCAGGACACAGGGCUGCUCCUGUGGGUUCUUGGGAGCCUCCUCCUUGGCGGGAUUCUGGCCUUCGGUUUAGGCUUCUCCGAGUUCCUCCUGGUCUCCAGAACAUCCAGCCUCACUCUCUCCAUCGCUGGCAUUUUUAAGGAAGUCUGCACCCUGCUGCUGGCGGCUCACCUGCUGGGUGAUCAGAUCAGUCUCCUAAACUGGCUGGGCUUCGCACUCUGCCUCUCCGGCAUCUCCCUGCAUGUGGCCCUCAAGGCCCUGCAUUCUAGAGGUGAUGAUGGCCCUAAGCUCCCGAAGGGCCCGGACCCCAGCACUGACCUGGAGCUGCUGCUCUGGAGCAGCCAGCAGGAAGAAGAUGACGAGGAGUAUUUUGUGACCCAGGGGCAGCAGUGACCAGUCCAGGAGCAUGGAAGCAAGCCACUCUGCUGACCACUCUGCUGACCACUCUUGGUGGGGCCCAGGGGCCCAGCUGCUUCCUCAGCGCAACUACAGGUGGUGGCCUUAGAGUCACCUGUAGGACCCUGGCGGGGGGUGGGGGUGGCUCCUGCUCUUUCCUGGGGAGUGUGGUCCAAAAAGUGGAUGCCAGGCUCACCCAAGACCUGGCAGUGAAGGGGGCCAGUAACCUCUUCUCCACUGUUGCUCUGGCUCAGAGAGCCAAGAUGAAGUUCAGGUAUGUAGUUUCUCGGGUUGCUGGGUUUGGACUGCAGGGCAUGGCAUCUGGGAAGGAGCCAUGGAGAGGCUGGGCCUCAUCACCUGGACAGCCGCUUCCUCAGAGAGUGGAUUUAUUUAUAGUUGAAAUAAUGAUUUCCUUCUCCACUGCCCAAUGUUGCCUGAGGCAUGAGAGCAAGGAGAACCCUGGGGCCUGGCCUCUCCUUCCCCUGCCCGGGGCCUUUUCCUCUGCCCUGCCCUGCCCUCUGUAGCUCCUGCUCCUCUUUCUGCCCAGACCGCAUCCUUGGGGCCAUACUACAGACCCACCACCAGAAAUAAACGAGUAUUU